GUUUAAUAAAACUGGAAAACCAUAGCGUGUUAUAGAAUAGUGAUUCUUACAGAUUUGUUGAAUCUUUGGUCACAGAAUGGCUUCAGCAGCACAAACAUCUGUCUCAGCACAAACAACUGUCACACCAGCAACUCCGUCUGUUGCUUCAACACAACCAAAUGUGCAGGCUUCACCGUCAACAGCAGCCGCAACACAGCCAGUUGUUAAUACCGCGGUAGCUACUGCAGUUUCAACACAACCAAUUGUUACACCUACACGAUCUAAAGCUGCUUCAACACAACCAGGUGUGCCAACCUCAUCAUCACCUACAGUUUCAACACAACCUAUUGUAAAUACUGUAGCGGUUACGACGGUUUCAUCACAACCAAGUGGCACACCCGCAAUACCCACGACUGUCGUGACACAAAGCGCGAACCCCCCAGCAACAACAGUUCCGGCUCAGACAAGUGUCAAGCCAUCCGCACCAGUCGUUACUCCUGUAUCUCCUUUAACCUUUGCAACAGGCGGAAGGAGUCUUAAGGACAUGGACACACUAUAUGAAACCCCUUGGAGGAAAACUGUCAACUGGAAUAACAUCUUUGAGACAUUGGCCGAGUUAAAAGAGGAAGUUGAAAAGUAUGAGCCUCUAGGAGAUUUGUUAACAGAUGAGGUACAAUUCCCUAAGGUCAAUAUCCUGCUACUUGGUGGCGUAGGGGCCGGAAAAUCUAGCGUUUUCAACACAUUCAAUUCUAUAUUCCGGGGAAAGAUUUUCAACGUAGCAAGAAGUGGUUCAGCAGAACACAGUCUUACAACUAAGUUUACUAGAUAUCCUAUCAUGUCAACAAGUAGGAAACCACCAAUGCCGCUGAAAUUUCGCGUGUGUGACAUCCGGGGUCUUGAGCAAGACCAUCUUAUGACGAAAGAAAAUAUGCGCUACAUUCUUGAAGGAAAUAUUGCGGACAAGUUUCCUUUUGAUCCAAGUGGAAACCUGUCGGCUGACAUGCCGGGGUUUAACAAGUAUCCAGCCCUUGACGAGAAGAUUCACUGCGUGGCUCUGGUGCAAGAUGCAACAAUCGUUGAUGCCAUGCAAGACCUGAGUCCAGAAGUAACCGGUAAUAUAAAGGAGAUGCAGACUGUCAUGAAUGGCUUAGAAAUUCCUCAGGUUGUGAUCUUGACCAAGAUUGACAGUAUAUGCGAGACGACAAAGAAUAAUAUUGCAAAUGCCUUUUAUAGCCCGAAAGUUGAAAAAUGCGUCGCAAAUGUAUCUAAAGUUCUUGGCUUGCCUAGAAAUUGCAUAUUCCCAAUGAAGAACUACGAAACUGAGUACCAACUUGACGCGAACAUUGAUGUGAUGGGUCUUCUUACUCUCAAAGGCAUCCUGAACAACUGUGACGCCGACCUCUUCGUCCAUUAUGAGGAGGUGAAAGAGAAGUUUGCAGUUGCAAACAGACGGAACCCAUGAAAAAAAAGUUCACAUUGUUUGGACUCACUUUAGAUGAUGCAACGUAUACGCCAUUCAACUGACACGUUGUUAGUUUAUACAUAUACAUACUAGGAGACAUUCGAAUUAAAUAACAAUAUAGUAGCUUUAUCAUUCAAGAAUAUACAUCAGGACGCGGAAAUACGAAAAUAUGAUUUUUAUCAAAUUGGUAGUUUCGCUGAGUUGGCAAUAGACAAAGCAUAAAUCAAUAACAGUGAAGAGCUACGAAAUUCUAAACGAUAUUUGUUGCGUCAUGCAGUAAUAUAUUAUGAAACGGUUGUUUGGAAUAUAGUAAUUUUCAUUCCUUUGCACGUGCUUUCAAAGAAAAUAUUUUUCAAACAUUGUCUUUUAAGUGAGUUGGAAAUGUGAAUUUCUGUCAUCAGUUGAGAAUGAAUCUUCUAUUACUUUUAAAGAUGGUUACAAGAUUUUGAUAUUUCCCUGAGAUUAUAAAAAAGUUUUAAAAAGUCUUAAAAGAUGAUAAUGUUAAGAAUAUCAGUAGGAUAAUUUUCACAGAACGCAGCCGCUUCAGGCCAUUAGCCCAUAGCAGUGAAUGCUUGUAUGUGUGUAUGAUAAACGUAUACACAUAAACAUUAUACACAUAAAUGAAGAGAAAAGGUGAAUGUACGAAGCGAAAAAAUAAAGGAAGGAAGAGGGACACCUCCGGCAAAAAUUGAUAAUUCAAGCGUUUGUAUCCAAAUGUUACCUGUAUUGUGACAUGAACAACCAGUGUAUGAUUUCUCUAAAUUAUUGAUCAUACCUGUGUGGUGUAUUUGUGAGUCAUGUUAUUAUAUAUUUUAUUUGUUUCAACUGUUGUUUGUAUCAUCUUAUUAAAAAUAAUUUCGAUAUGUCAUGUGUA